AACACACUGAGCAAUGGGAGGUGGGGAGAGAGAGGUAUAUAUUCAGGAUCUCACCAUUCACCUCACACAGGCUUACAGGCUCCCUGCUCACCUCUGCAUCCUCUAGGAACACAGGAGUUCCAGAUCACACCAAGGCCACCAUGAAUUCACUCAGUGAAGCAAACACCCACUUUGCAGUUGAUCUGUUCCAACAGCUCAAAAAAUCAGAGAAGGACAACAUCUUCUACUCCCCUCUCAGCAUCUCAUUAGCGUUAGCCAUGACCUACUCAGGGGCCCAAGGGAACACCGCACUCCAAAUCGGCAAGGUCCUCCACUUUAAUGACGUCACAGACAGCACAAGAGGAAGAGCCUCAACAGCUCACGUUGAAAAGUUGAGAAAUGUUCAUCAGCAAUUUCAAAAGCUUCUGACUGAAUUAAAGAAACCCACUGAUGCCUAUGACCUGAGCAUUGCCAACAGGCUCUAUGGAGAAAAGGAGUUUCAAUUUCAUCAGGAAUACAUGGAAAACGUUAAGAAAUUUUACCUUGCCAGUGUGGAAUCAGCUGAUUUUAGAAAUGCUCCAGAAGAAAGCCGCAAGAAGAUUAAUUCCUGGGUGGAAAGCCAAACAAAAGGAAAAAUCAAGGAUCUGUUGCCCCCUGACUCUCUUGAGUCCGCCAUCCUGGUUCUGGUGAACGCAGUCUAUUUCAAAGGGUUAUGGGAUAAGAAAUUUGAUACAAAAAGUACUGGAGAGGAAAAAUUUUGGCUGAACAAGGAUAUGAGCAAAUCCGUGCAAAUGAUGAGACAAACCAGUUCCUUUAAUUUCGCUGCACUGGAGGACAUGCAAGCCAAGAUCCUGGAAAUACCAUACAAAUGCAAAGAUCUAAGCAUGAUGUUGCUGCUGCCAAAUGAAGUAGAUGGUCUGAAGAAGCUUGAAGAUAAACUCACAGCUGAGAAAUUAAUAGAGUGGACAAGCUCACAGAAUAUGAGAGAGACACUCGUGGAUUUAUAUUUACCUCGGUUCAAAGUGGAAGAGAGCUAUGACCUCAAAGACACAAUGAUAUCCAUGGGGAUGGUGGAUGCCUUCAGUCCACAGGACGCCAACUUCUUGGGCAUGGCAGAUAGUCAGCGUCUCUUAGUGUCAAAAAUUGUACACAAGUCCUUUGUGGAGGUGAAUGAGGAAGGCACGGAAGCCACAGCUGCUACAGGCGUAGUAGUUGUUGAAAGAACAUCACCCAUUUAUGAAACUUUCCAUUGCGAUCACCCUUUCCUGUUCUUCAUCAAGCAUAAUAAGACCAACAGCAUCCUCUUCUUGGGCAGAGUCUCUUCCCCUUAGAUGCAGCUAACUAAGGGGGAAGUUCACAGUUGUUCCAAUACGUUGAUGGCUAGAAAUAGCAGGUUCUCUUUACCUCUUUUUCCUUUCCAAUCUCAUACUCAUCACUAAAAAUGUAAUGGUUGAAAUAGCAUGUUUGUCUAUCUCUUUCUAAAAACACAUGUAAACCCACUUUAUUUCCCCAUGAUGAUUUCCCACAGGACAAAAUGUUCAAGAUAAGAUCAAAAGAUAUUUCAACACUCUAUCUUCUCCCAAAUUUGAAAUAUCCUUUCUGCUAUCUCAAAAACCAUAUCUACAAAUCAAACUUAUUAACCUAGACACCCACAUUUAUUUGAAUUUAGGUGAUAUCUGGAACCUUUAUAUGGCUAAACUUUUUAAUUCUUUGACAUACAUUAUCAAUAAAGCAAUGACUUUCUCGUACUGUUUCUUGAUUUUACUUUUUUUUCUUUGUCUUCAAUGAAGUAUAAGUGGCCCACCACACAUAGGAAAGGUAAUUCAGAAAUAUAUUAUCACGUAUAAAGAAAAUUCAAAAUAGGAGUAGGGCAUGAUGAG